AGUCAGUGAUUUCAGACCAGCAAAAUUGACAAGAGCAAAAAUGAUAUCACAAAUCUCUGUGUGCUUGUGUUUGAUCAGUAUUACUUUGGCUGCACCUGCAGUUGUACCGCUAAAAAACAACACUGAUGCCGUCCCUAUAAACAUAACCGACUGGAUGAAAAAUGGAUUAUUUGAAGGUGAUUUGAAACUCUCAAAAGAAUUUAUCUUGGACCAUUACAACUUUAGCAGUGUUCCUGGUGGAGAGAAGCUUCGGAAUUUGUUUGUUGAUGGAUCUAAUUCCUUAAAACGUAUUGAGCGACGUGGGGUCGGAAGGGAAGGAGCGAUUAAACUAUGGGCUAAUGGUAUUGUACGAUAUAGAAUUUCAGAUCACAUCUCAGAGUCAACUGCAACUGUUGAAGUUAUCAGACGGGCGAUAAAUCACUGGGAACAUCAUACCUGCUUGAGAUUUGAGAUUGCUAAUUCGGGAGACUAUAUUGAAUUUGUCAACACUAGUGAAGGAUGCCACUCAACGAGUAUCGGAAGAAAGGGCGGAAAGCAAGAGAUUAACUUAGAGUCCGGAGGAUGUGAAAGUUUCGGUAUUAUUGUUCAUGAGAUUGGCCAUGCAAUUGGUUUUUGGCACGAACAGAGCCGACCUGAUAGAGGCCAAUAUGUAACAAUACACUGGGAUAAUAUUAUUGAGAGCAACAAAGCACAUUAUCAAUUCAUGAGUAGGGAAGUCAACGAAAUUCACUCAUUUGGCUCCAUUUACGACUAUGGAUCGAUUAUGCAUUACGGUGAAACAUACUUUAAAAAACCAAAUUGCUCUGGUUGUACAACCAUUUCGGUUAAAAACCAAGCUGAGUACAACCGACAAGGCACACCUGACAUAGGACAAAGAAUACAAUUAAGUACUGAAGAUAUAAAGCAAGCAAAUCUGCUUUAUGCCUGCUAUACAAUGAACCUACAAGUAUAUAUUCGGUAUGCUCGAAAUCUUAGAGACACAGACCCAUGGCUAAAUGACCCAGAUCCCUAUGUGAGAGUUCAAGCAAGAAGGUCCAGUGGUUAUGUGGUGACUCAAUCUACUCGAGACAUACCAGGAACAACAAAUCCAACUUGGAAUCAGUGGCUUAACUUUGGCUGCCAGAAAUGGAAAAACUUCGAGAUGCAAGUUUGGGAUGAUGAUAUUUUUAGAGAUGAUAAGAUGUCGAAUAAAGAGUUGAUCUUAAUGAGCCUUGGAAACCAAUACAGCCAAAAGCAUAAUGCGUAUGAUAGUGGAUACCUUUACUAUGACUACAAAUUGAUUAGGGAUAUUAAUGAUUGCAUUCCCAAUCGCUGCCGAAAUGGUGGUACGUGUAUUGACCAGUGUGCAAGCUAUCGAUGUUCUUGCAGACAAGGAUAUGCUGGAACUAAUUGUGAAUAUCGAGCUGGUAAUCUGCUAGUGAAUGCUCGUUACGGACGUAAUCUUCCCGAUAAAGAUGGCUGGUUGAACAAAAGUGACCCAUACAUGGAGUUCAUUGCAGUAGACAGAUUCGGUAAUUCUCGCCGGCUCACCACAAGUGUGAGGUCGGGAACCCAUAACCCAAACUGGGACCAGUCACUGAAUUUUGGUUAUCGUGCUUGGCGCUACUUUCGAGUAAGGGUAUAUGACUCUGACAAUAAUGCUGAUGAUGCGAUGUCCAGUAGUGAGACCUACUGGUUGCCCAGUCCAAAUUAUUCACGAUCUUACAAUUCUCACACCUGCUACAGUGGUAAUACCGUGUUUGGCUAUUCUUACACUAAUUAAAAACUCGAUUUCCACAAACAAUACUAUAUAUACAGACUGUCAGAAUUUUGACGCUUAGUACGAUUAUAGUUCAGUUACUUGUGCUGUGAUAAUUAGAGCCGUGUUUCUUCCGCCAAAAGAAUUUUUGAACGUGUCCUUA